AUGAAUAACAUAGAACUCGAUAUCUGGAGAGGAGAAUGGGGCCUUGCCUCGAUAGAUUUGGAAUGCCUUAAAGUUUUAACUUAUAUGAAAUUUAUUGGAGUGCCAGUACGCGUUCGAGAAGUCAGCAACCCCUUUUUUACUCCGAAAGGAACACUCCCUGUCCUACGUGAUGGUAGAAAGGCUCUUACGAAUUUUGAAGAAGUUGUAGAAUAUUUGAAAUCUUUACAUUAUAGCACAGAUGUUCAUUUGAAUACAAAGCAGGCAGCUGAAGCCAGUGCAUUUACUCAACACAUUAGAGAGAAAUUAUAUCCUGCAUAUCAAUAUGCCUGGUGGGUUGAUGAAAAAAAUUAUGCAGAUCUCACUAGGCCAGCCUAUGCUAGGGCUCUGCAAAUACCAUUCAAUUUUUAUUAUCCAUCAAAAUAUCAAAGUGCAGCUAAAGAAAUGAUUGAUGCUUUAUAUGGAGAGCACACAGAUUUGAAGGAAAUAGAAAAAACGAUAUACAGCGAAGCAGAAAAAUGCCUUAAAACACUAUCAGAUCGACUUGGUGAAAGUGAAUAUUUCUUUGGCAACCGUCCAUCAUCAUUCGAUGCAACUGUCUUUGCAUAUCUAGUUCCACUCUAUAAAGCACCUUUUCCAAAUGCCACAUUGGCUAACCAUGUGAAAGGAAUUGCUAAUCUUACUCGAUUUGUGGCUAGGAUCAAUCAGAAAAAUUUUAGGCAUGUUACUGAUGAAUAUAACAAACAAAAUGCUAAAAAGCAGUCAACAGGUACACAGUCGGAUAGAGAAACUGCCAAUUUUCCAAACCAGACCCGGAAUAAAAUACUUGCAACUAUAUUUGCUGCUAUUGCAAUGACUGGCUAUGCUGUUGCUAAUGGCAUGUUUCAGGAGUUAAAAGAGUUUGAGCACUCACAAGAUUACACCGACAUGUUUGAGAAUGAAGAGGACGACAACUGA